UUUUUCCAUCUGUUGCUCAGGUGAACUCUCCGUACCUUGAGGAGCAUCUAAUGCACAUGAUCAAGCAGGACCAGAGUAAAGUCCACAACAUGGACCUGCUCUGGCGCUACUACGAGAAGAACCGUAACUUUGGCAAAGCGGCUCACGUGCUGGCUCGCCUCGCCGACAUGCACAGCACCGAGAUCUCUCUGAAACAACGGCUGGAGUAUCUGGCACGAGCCAUUCUGUCUGCCAAGAGUUCGUCCAGCAUCUCCGCUCAGGCCUCCGACGGAGAGUUCCUUCACGAGCUGGAGGAAAAGAUGGAGUUGGUGAGAAUCCAAGUGCAGAUCCAGGAGACCCUGAUCAGACAGUCCUUCCAUCAUCCCUCAGUGAAAAACGCCAUCUCUCAGCUGGACUCUGAGCUGAUGGACAUCACCAAG